AUGGGUAACAGUCCAACAAAAUCAUAUGAAAAUGAAAUAAAAAAAGAAAUCAAUGAAAAUCCCGUUGUUGUUUAUACAACAAAUGGAUGUGGUUAUUGUGUUAAAGCAAAAAAGAAUUUGUAUAAUGAAUCCAUUGAUUAUGUUGAAAAAAAUUUAACUCAAUUGCAAAUUGAUGAUCCUGUAAAAUUUCCGGAAUACUCUAGUACUUUGAUGAAUAUGACAAAAAGUCGAACAGUUCCUCAAAUUUUUGUAUGCGGUAAAUUUAUCGGUGGUUGUGAUGAUCUGGAAAAAUUAAUAAUGCAUGAUGGUCUUCUUGACAUAUUAGAAACAUGUAGCAAAGAAACAGUAACUAAUAUAAGAAAAAAAAGAAAAGAAUUUUCUAAAAUAAUAUUGUUGAUUAUAUUCAAAAUUUAUCCAAUUUCAAGGGCCAUCGAAUGA